AUGCAGGCCAGAGCUUGUCAAGACAAUGCACAUCAUCGCGGCAAACCGAUCCUUGGCCAAUUCUCCGGAACAAGUCCGCCUUGUACGAUUGCGCCGUCUCAUCUUAGGCCGACGGGUCUCUGCAUCAUCAUUGGCUGGUCGACGCAGACGAUUGUGGCUUCGUACCUCGAGACAGAGAGAGAAAGAGAAGAAGUAGAAAAGAGAGAGAAGAAAUUCGAACCGUCGAACCGUCGAACAGUCAAAAAUGCCACUUCACACGAUACAACCGACGCCUCGGGCCUGCCGCCUCGACAGAUCGACCUCUUCACCGGCCCCAACAUUCACCAUGACGCCUACCCAGAAAUUCACCCGCGUCACUCCCCCCACGCAGGGAAGUCAGUCCUCAUCACCGGCGCAAGUCAAGGCCUCGGCCGCGCCAUUGCCAUCGGCUAUGCCCGCGCCGGCGCCACGCGCAUCGCCCUCGCUGCUCGCACAGACCUGACCACGACAGCAGACCUCCUGCUCGCCGCCGCCGAGGAGGAGUCACAUCCGGCCCCCGAAGUUCUCGCCCUUGACAUGGAUGUCGCCGACGCCGCCAGCGUGCGCGCUGCCGCCGCCCGUCUCGACGACGCAUGGGCCGGCCGCCUUGACAUCCUCGUCUGCAACGCCGGCUACAUGGCCUCCUUUGCGCAGCUGCUCGAAGCUGACGAGGAGGACUUGAUGCGCACCUUUGACGUCAACUACUGGGGCACGUACCGCUGCUGCCGUGCCUUUGUGCCCAUCAUGAUCAGCGGUGGCGGCGACAGGACCGUCGUGACGCUGACGUCCAUCGCGGCCCAUUUCAUCGGCGGCGGCAGCGGGGCGUAUUCUCUGAGCAAAUUUGCGCUCGUGCGGUUGACCGAAUUCUUGCAAGACGAAUAUGCAUCGCAGACUGACCUGCCAGGGCGUGCUGGCGUAUUCGGUCCACCCAGGGGCCGUGUCAACGGGCUUGUCGGCCAAGCUGCCAGAGAAGUACAAGUAAACACCCGAGCUCAUCGGCCACUCACUGCCCUUCCUGACGAGCCAGAAGCGUGA